UGGAUGGCGCUGCACAGCGAGCCGCUGCCGCCGGACUGCAGCGCCCAGUCCGCCUCUGGCACGCCAGGAGAUGACCGCAUCCAUGCUGCACUGUUUGCAAAACUAAAGGAGUUGCUGGUGAGGAGAGCGUCAGAUGGAGAUCCUCCAGCACCUUUUCUGGAUGGACAACGGUACUAUGAACAGGGGUUGUAUGAAGAAGCAUUAAAGCAAUUUAAAAAAAUCGAGGAUACAGAUUUUCAAGCAAUGUAUCAGCUUGGUGUGAUGUAUUAUGAUGGACUAGGCACUGAAGAAGACCCCGAAAGGGGAGUGGAAUACAUGAAUAAAAUACUCAACUCUGAUUCCCCAAAAGCAAGACACCUGAAGGCUGCAGCUGCAUACAAUCUUGGCAGGGCAUAUUACGAAGGACGUGGUGUUAGGCGUUCAACCAAAGAGGCUGAAAGGUUGUGGCUUAUUGCUGCAGACUACAGAAAUCCAAAAGCAAGUGUAAAAGCCAUGAGUACUUUAGGAAUGCUUUAUUCUAUGCCAGUUCUAAAAGAUCUGAAGAAGGCCUUUUUCUGGCAUUCAGAAGCAUGCGACAAUGGAAAUCUGGAAUCACAGGGAGCACUUGGCAUUAUGUAUCUCUAUGGACAAGGUGUACGUCAAAACACUAAGGCUGCUUUGAAGUGCUUGAGAGAAGCAGCAGAACGUGGAAACAUCUAUGCUCAAGGCCAUCUUGUAGAAUAUUAUUACACUAAAAAAUUUUACUCAAAAGCUGCUGCACUGGCCAAAAGGACCACAGAAAACAAUGACAUCAAUAUGCUAGCCAAGAAAACUGAUUGCCAUCCAACAUAUGUAGCCAAGGGGGUUGCUAUGGCUGCUUUCUACUUGGCUAGAUGCCUCCAGCUUGGCCGAGGCAUAAAGCAAGAUCAAGAUGCUGCUAAAAAGUACUAUUCUAAGGUAAGUUGAGAAAGUCUACCAGACUAAUUUAUACCUCAUGAAAUUGAGCAAUACCUUGGAUUUGAGUCUUUCAGCUUGCUGUUCAGUUAAAAUCUCCAGCAUUAUUUGUAUUAAAAAAAAAACCAAAAAACACAACUGUGCAAGAAAAGGCAUAGUGAUAAAAGUAUAUUGACAACUACUCAAAAUUGUCUUGAAAGGAUGCUAUCUGGCCACUUGCUUAAGCAAACAACACGUUGUACAAAACCAACAAAAAAAAUCCAUGGUAAUUACCACAGCAAAGAGCUUGGUAACGUGAAAGAUAAAUUAGCUACAACAAUUUGAAUAAUUCUAUCCCAAAUUAAUUUGCUGUCAUUCUCUAAAACUGAAAAAUCAUUACUUUUCCUCUGCUUUAGAUUCUCUAGCAAUUAUAAAUUUCAUUAAUGAUACUUAAUUAAGCCAUAACUGGUUCUCAGGCUUAUUUUUAUAAUUAUAUUUUUAGCAGUAGCCUAGGAUGUACUGCUUUCCCUGUUCCCUAUACGCAGGGAAAAAAACCAAUCAGUCACAUUUUUUUAAAGUUUAAUCUUGGAGUAAGAUUUAUUGCUUGAGGAAAAAUAUCAAUAAUUGCCUCUAGAAGAUGAAUCUGCUAAGUAAUACUGUGAUGCCUAAAGGGCUUGAUUAUACCAACUGAAGGGAGUGUAGAAAGUUUGCAUCUGUGCUUUAGAGAGAUUCUAUGAUUUCUGUGCAUGUAGUGACUAUUUGUUUCUGCAAGUAGAAUACUUUAACGUCCAGCUUGGUGCAAUCUAAACAAAUGGAGAGUUAUGUAAAUGACAAAUUAUCAAAUAAUUUUUGUGGCUCCUGACUCAGGGAAGCCACUGAUAUGAGGGUCUUAGCAGAGCACGUGAUCUUCUGAAUACAGACAUUUUAAACAUUUUUUUCUCCUGCUGUGAAAAGUGUUAUAGAGGAUAGGGUGAGGAGGAGAUCAGGAAAGGAAUCUAAGCUGAGGUGUUAGGAACACUGUAGCCAGUAUUCCUAGUUAAAUCUUAAGGCAUCAAAGAGGUCCAUCAGGAUUAAAUUGCUGCAUGGCUUUGUGGGAGCCACUGUCUCCUAAAGUCUAGCAAAACCACCACUACUAAAAGAAGAUUACAACUUUUAUUCCUUAUUCACUAGCUGUACAUCUGAGACUGGUGUAGGAAUGGCAGUGGCUUCUCAGGAUAAAGAGAGAUAAUUCCUAUUGACUGGUGCCAUGCAUCUCUAAAUCAACAGUAAAAGAAAAGGAACGUAAUAUAAACAAGGAAGUUCCCUCAAGCAGUAACUUCAGCACAAGUAAGAGUUGUGGGGGUGUCCAGUUUCUUUUUGCCUGGAAAAUUCUCAUGUUAACUGUACAAUUACACCUACUUAAAGUUAAAAUCAUAUUUGUUUUUUAAAUUAACUUCCCUGCUGUUGUUUUGGCAUACCAUUCUUAGACCCAGUCAGUUUUGAAAGAGGUGAGUAACAGAAGAUGGGCACCCCCUAAGGGUACUGAAAUAGAUGAUGGCAGUGAAUGAAACUGAUCAAGUCUGUAAGCAGAUUUAUGCUCUGACUGAAGUCACCACAGGCCAUGCCAACAGAAUUUAAAAAAAUAAACCCAAGAUGAACACUACAGUCAAGUAUGCUAAUUUUAAAUCCAGAUUCUUUUCUUACGUGGCAUCAGAAACAGGAAUUUAAACCCAAAUAUAUAAGCUCCUCAAUAUUUUAAAAAAGUUGAUUAUCUCAGGUUUUUUGGCACUAAUAGACCUUAUUAGUGUUAUAUUGACAACAUCUAAUUUUAUUGUAGCUAUAAACCGCAACUCUGGUAUUCUUUGUUUUCAAAGGCAUGCCACCUGGAUCCUGCUGUUGCCUCUGACCUUGAAGUGGCAGCUAAUCUUGGCAGAAUUUAGCAUUUCCUUUAACUAUGCUUGUUAUGUAAAUGUAUUUCCUGCAGUAAAUCAUCAUUAAUCUCCAGCAAUUACAGACUGUGCCUUACUUACUGCUUGCUUUUCAACUUUCUCUAAAUUCUUCUUUAAAGCAAUUU